AUGCCGCGACCUAAGAAAGAAGUCCAGCCAAGUGAGGGAGAGCUUAAUCGCCAAGCCAUCGCAGAACUUCGAGCUCAAGUUCAGAGCUUAGCAAUGGUGGUUCAAGCGAUGAGUUUGCGUAAAGCGGCUCCAGAGAAAGACAAAAUUUUUGACGACGAUGACAAAACAGAGUUUGACGAGAAUCCUUUUGGUGAAGAAAAGGUGAAGCUUCUUCGUCAAAACGGAGAAGAUGAUAAUGACGGGAGGUGGGAAUCAAGCUUUAAGCUAGAGAUUCCAGAGUUUCAUGGAAGUUCUUCACCCAAAGACCUUUUGGAUUGGUUUGUCACAGUGGAAGAAAUUCUGGAGUUUAAACGUGUACCUUUAGAACGUUGUGUGCCUUUGAUUGCGAUCCGUUUUCGACAACGAGCUGCAGCGUGGUGGGCACAAUUGAAAACAACUCGGUCACGUCAGGGAAAAGAAAAAAUCACAUCAUGGAGCAAGCUUCGUAAACAUAUGCAAAAAAAAUUUUUGCCAUUCAAUUAUGAGCAACUCUUGUUCCACAAACUGCAGAAUUUACGUCAAGGGAAUCGUACGGUUGAAGACUAUGCUACUGAAUUUUUUUUAUUAAUGAAUCGUGUGGAAGUUAGAGAUUCAGAACAGCAGUUGAUCGCUCGUUUCAUUGGAGGACUUCGUCAACAGAUUCAACACACACUCAAUCUGUUUCACCCUCUUUCUCUUGGCGAAGCUCAUCAACAAGCAAUCACCAUUGAAACACAGACCAAAGACAAUUUUUUGGGUUGGAGCUCUUCCCGUCUGAAUCGCCAACCAAACCUUGCUACUCCUUUUGCACCAGAAGUCACCGUUCCUGUUCAAGCCAAAGAGACAGCUAUUGUUCCUGUUGACACGAACCGACCAGUACGUACGGGAACUCUCCGUUGUUUUGCUUGUGGAGAACCGGGGCAUCGUCAAUCAGCCUGUCCGACAUGUAACCGUCGUGGUUUAUUACUUGAUGACACUGGCAAUGAUGUUGAGGUAAUUUAUGAUGAUUAUCCUGACACAACAGAGGAUUUGCCAGCCGAUGAUGGUACAUUGUUGAUGAUGAGACGUAUAUGUUUACCUCCACGAGCUGAAGAUGAGCAUCCUCAACGUCAUAACCUCUUUCACUCUCGGUGUACGAUUGAGGGCAAAGUUAAAAAGUUUAUUAUUGAUUCGGGAAGUUGUGAGAAUGUUGUGGAAGAAGCUGUUAUCAAAAAGCUUAAUCUCAUUUCAGAGCCUCAUCCAUUACCUUACAAGCUUGCAUGGUUAGACCAAGGAACAGAUGUUGUUGUCACACGGCGGGCGUUGGUGUCUUUUUCUAUUGGUAAUGCUUAUAAAGAUCAACUCCAUUGUGAUGUCGUACCUAUGGAUGCUUGCCAUCUUCUGUUGGGUCGCCCUUGGAUUUAUGACACCAAAGUUCAGCAUGAUGGAUUUUUAAACACCUACAGUUUUCGCUUCAACAACCGUCACUUUACACUGCAACCUUCUCUUCCGCUAACACACAAGGUUCCGUCUAGCCCUGUCUUAGUUUUGAGGCAUGCUCCUUUUGAAGCUGCAUUGCGUGAAGAGGGAAUCAUAGUUGUUCUGCUUUCCACCUCUGUUUCAACUGCCGUUACACCUAACAUUCCUGUCGGAUUUCAAGCCCUGCUCCAUGAAUUCAAUGAUGUCUUUCCUGAUGACUUGCCACCAGGCCUUCCUCCUCUUCGUGACAUUGAACAUCGUAUUGAUCUAGUACCUGAUGCGGCUCUUCCUAAUCGCAGUCAUUAUCGAAUGAGUCCAAGUGAACACGAAGAGCUACGAAAACAAGUCGACGACUUGGUUUCUAAGGGUUUUUUGCGUGAAAGCUUGAGUCCUUGUGCAGUGCCUGCUCUCCUUAUUCCAAAAAAAGAUGGUUCCUGGAGGAUGUGUGUUGAUAGCCGCGCCAUUAAUAAAAUAACGGUACGCUAUCGUUUUCCUAUUCCUCGACUUGAUGACUUACUUGAUCAAAUCGGUGCAGCAUCUGUGUUCUCCAAGCUAGAUUUAAAAAGUGGAUAUCAUCAAAUUCGCAUACGUCCGGGUGAUGAAUGGAGAACGGCGUUUAAGACACGAGAAGGGCUUUUCGAAUGGCUUGUCAUGCCCUUUGGUUUGUCAAAUGCUCCUAGUACCUUCAUGCGUGUCAUGAAUCAAGCUCUCGGCCAUUCAUUGGGAAAUUUGUGGUGGUUUACUUUGAUGAUAUAUUGA